GGCGGAAAUGGCUUCAUGCGGGGAGCUCCAGGAGUAGUAAUGGCAGGGCCCGGGCGUGCAAGGAGCGCCCGUUCGGCGGGUCCUGGAGGCUCGGGACAGCCGCAAGCGCGACGGCGGCAGCAGCAGCAGGCGAAGGGACAGCAGCUCUCGGCCUCACGGCCGGGACAGCGCAGCAAAAAAAAGAAGGAAGUGAAUUGCAAGCCCAAGAAUCAAGAUGAGCAAGAAAUCCCUUUCCGGCUACGAGAGAUUAUGAGGAGCCGACAGGAGAUGAAAAAGCAGCUCAGCAACAAGAAGAGAAAGAAGGAGGCCCAGGCGGCUUUCAAGGAGACACUGGAAAAGGAAGCCAAGGGGGAGGAAGAGACAGACAUCGUUGUCCCCAAGUUCAAGCAGAGGAAGGGGGAGUCUGAAGUGGCCUACGUCCAGCGCAUGGAACAGGAGGCCCAGCAUGUGCUGUUCCUUAGCAAGAACCAGGCCCCUCGGCAGCCUGAGGUGCAGGCAGCUCCCAAGAAGGAAAAGUCUGAACGGAAGAAAGCGUUCCAGAAGCGGCGCCUUGAAAAAGCCCAGAAAAAAAGGGAGGAAAGAGCAGUGGACAGGCUGGAGCGGGAGCUGCUGAAAGAUACUGUGGAGUUUGGAGAGGUUGUGCUACAGCCUCCGGAGCUGACAGUCCAGCCUAGACGGAGCAUUGGCAGAGAUGCGCCCGGCAAGAAGUCUCUAAUGUUAAAGAUGCUUUUGGGUGCUGGUGGUGGGUCCCUGACUCCAGCUACCUCACUGGCCCACCAGCGGAUUCUGGGGGAACAGCGAGAACGGGCUGUGCAGGCUUACAGAGCCCUGAAGAAGCUGCAGCGACAGGAAGUGACGUCUGCACACCCGCUUGGCUGCUCUUCUCAGAGGAAGCUGCAGACUUGUCUGUGAUUCAGAGACCCAGAGGACCAGUCCACUGGAAACUGACCUGCGAGCUGCUAGACCCGGCAAAGGGAAAGACCGCAGAUGCUUGUCUCUGGAUAGGGACUUGAUAUCUUAUUGGAUAAGCUUUCAGUAUGGGGUAUCCUUUUAAAGGUGACCACCAGUGAAUCCCACCUCAUACAGGGCAAGUUCCCCUAGCACUUGCCUGAGACACAGAUGGGAGGACGGGUGUUUUCCUGAGCCUGGCUUCAUUCUGAAACAAGUCUCAGGGAAGACAAGCCAAGACUACUGUGGAAAGGACUCAAUCCCUUAAUCCAGCUGAUUACUGAAGCUGCUGAUGUGGGUUGGCCUGCUGUCUUAAGAGGCUCCCGUGGGUUCAGUGCCAUGCAAGGCAGGGUAACAAUACAGUGGGAGCAGAUGUACCCAAUGCAGGUGUGUCUCUCGGGUGGCUGGCAGUCAGCACCUUGUUUGCCUGCAGGGGUGUGUACAGAGGCCAGAGUACCCAUUUAGGUUUGGUUUGGAUAGAGAUGGGGUGUCAGUACUGGCUGAACGCCUUGAGGUAUACACAUAGACACCAGACUACAGUGAUAGGAAGGGCAGAGUGGUUAUACCGAGAGGGUAGGAAAAUGUCCAUGUCCUGCGUAGCAGGCCUGUGGGAAAUAGGGGCAGGCCUUCGGAGAGGACCAGGGAUAGAAUCUGAAUGUGUCUCCCAUAGUAUUAAAGGAGGGAGGACCUGGUGCUGGCUCCCGGUAGUGAAAGUAGUCCUUCAAACUCAUCCAAACCUCAGAGGUGCGGUCCCGCCCUAGAAUCCUGGCACCUAGGAGGUAGAAGCAAAAGAAUUGGGUGUUCAAAGCCAGUCUUGACUACAUGAGACCAUAUUCCCCCCAUAAAAAAAUGACCUUCAUGUUGACAUCAAAAGAGCUAGGCUUGGGCCUUGCUUCUGGCAGACUUUCUAGGGGCUCCUCUCCAGUUGUAAACGCAGACUGCUCGUUCGUCUCCCAGCUGUCCAGACCCGAAGCUAUAUUAAUUACAACACUGUUUGGCCAGUGGCUCAUGCAUAUUUCUAGCUAGUUCUCACAUCUUAAAUUAACCCAUUUCUGUUAAUCUGUAUCACCACGAGGCUGGUAAGGUUCCAGAGGUGUCUUUCUCCUUUGGCAGCUACAUGGCAUCUCCUUUACUCUGCCUACUCUCAGUAUCUCUGAAUUUUCUGCCUUGCUUUACUUUGCUAAGCCCUUGGCCGAAACAGCUUUAUUCAUCACCCAAUAAAGCAACACAUACCUGACCAUAUAUGGGACAGCCCACAUCAUCCAGAACAGCUGGUGCAGGAGCCCACACGGAGUGCCUUUACUCUUCCAAGUUUGCAUUUUCCAGAGUGAAGUUUAAUGACAUUAAAGUUUACGCUCUUUGAA